CUUAUCAGGAGUCGGAGCAGGAAUCGGGUACCAUACCAUACCGGGAGGAGGUGCGAUAGCGGAACCAUGGCGACCUUUCCUUCCCCGUAUGCUGAAUUCCACAAUAUAUCUCCUCCUCUCCCUCUUGCUAUUAUCCCUUUGCCCCCGUCUCUUAUAACACCCCAUCUCCACUCGGAUUUGCUAUCCGCUUCAGCGGUUGUCUUAUCCAGCCUCCCCUAUUCCCCCUAUUGCUCUUCCGAUCCAAGCCCUAGCCGGCCCCUUCCUCCCAUCCGCCCUUGCCAUCGGCUCCACAAGGAGAUCGCCGUGCGAUGGAGAAGCGCUCCAUCGCCUCCGCUAGAGGCCGCCCCACUGCCGUCCGGUGGUUCAAACGAUGGUGCCUCUCUCUUUCUGAUCUUGCAAUGCGUUAUUGUUUCCGAGUUGAUGACGCGGUGUAAUAGCAAGGUUCCGCAGGAUGUGGUUGCUACAGGUGGGAAGUGCCACUUGUUGAAGUGGGUCACAGAGGGAAUGUUAAAAGCUCUGGAAGACAAGUCCAAGGAUUCAGUUGCUGAAGAGCAAAAACCUGAACCAAGAACAGAGACACUCUACCUCUGCACCUAUGAAGGUUGUGGGAAAGCUUUCAUUGAGUUUGGAGCUUUAAAGAAACAUACACACACUCAUGGAGAGAAGCAACAUGUUUGUCAAUACGAGGGAUGUGGGAAGAAAUUUGUAGACAGUUCAAAGUUGAAGAGGCACUAUCUGAUACAUACUGGUGAAAGACAGUUUGUUUGCCCACAUGAAGGCUGUGGUAAGGCCUUCUCAUUGGAUUUCAACUUGAAGUCACAUAUGAAAACACAUUCACUGGAGAACUAUCAUGUUUGUCCUUACCCGGAAUGUGGGAAGAAAUACACCCAUGAAAGCAAGUUAAAAUCUCACCUAAAGGCACACCAUGAAAAGGUUACUACAGUGGAAAUGGUGAAGCGCAAGCCAGCCUCGGAUAAGCCCCAUAAUACCUCUAAGUCUGCUGCUACUGCUUAUGUUUCUGCCUCUGCUGAGCGUCGUUUUGCUUGUCCAUAUGAAGGUUGUGGGAAAGCCUACAUCCAUGAAUAUAAACUGAACCUCCAUUUGAGAAAGGAGCAUCCUGGACACAAUCCAGUAGAAAAUCGCAAAUCUGCUCUUUCUAUCGACCAGACCAUUGAUGAACCUAGUAAUCAAGAUGCAUACACCACAAAGGGUGGUAUUGGCAAGAAUUCUAAAAGACGCAAACCCAAUCUGACACUGCUGAUGCCUCCUGCCAAACUUCCAAAACGAACAAGACCAAACUUGGUACCGCUGGAUACAAAGACUGUCAAGAAUCACAUGCAAACCAAAGAGAUGUACGAGGAAGAUAGCCAAGAAACAGAAGAAGAUCGAGGCAACAUCAAGACGGAUGGAUGGAGUCACCAUGAUAUGAACGACGAUGAUGAGAUGGAGGCUGUAAAGUGAUGUGUAUAUAUUCAAUACUUGGCUGGGUGGGCAGAUAGAUUUUAUCUUACAUGUAAGAAAGGAACUUCUGCUAGAAAGUUAAAUUUGUAUCGGGGAUUAAUUAGCCAUACCUAUUUGUUGCUGGAUCUACUUUUUGAUCGAUCCAGAAAUUCAAUUAUCAGUGUUAUUACAUGCAUUUAUAAUCAUAAUAAAGCUGAGAUAUGUCUUGAUAACAA